AUGGCCGACAUUGGACCCUUCCUAUCUGGCAUUAAGCCUGAAGACAUCCCUAUUCCGAGUCGAGAACUCAGUCUUAAGAAGUAUCUGAAGUUUCCGGGGCUCGACAUGCCGGAAGUCGUCAUCACCGAGCAGAACCGAGGUUUCGUCACUGUCCUCGGCCUCGAUCAAGACCUCCUCGUCCCCGGCUUCUCAGACCUGCCUGUUGAGCCUACCAGUAUGCAGUCCUUUGUCUCUUACAAAGUUGAGCAUCCGUUCACCACCGUCUUUGGGGUUCUCUAUACAAACAAAGACAUAAUCAUGGACUGGCACCGAUAUAUCGAGUUCAAGGUGGAUAAGUCAUCUAUCUCAGACCCACUUCAGUUUCCGGCAAAGCAUCAAUGGAUGAAUCGCCAUCGACUGAGAAGAUACCAUAGUCACCAAGAUGCCGGCCCUGCACACCCAGCACCUGCUCCGCCAGCCUUAAAGGCUCCUAUGGCUCAUAUGGCUCCUAUGGCUCCUAUGCUAUCCCCGGAAGCUAUCAUUGCUUUGAUUGCUACAUCUCCAUCAUUCUGUCGAGUUCGGCGUUAG